CACGCUCCGCGUCCCGGCUCCGCUCGCCUCUCUCCAGAGCGCACCCGGACGCACUGCGCACACGCGCGCCGGGGACUGAGCCCUGUCCCUCCGCAGCAGCCGAAUUUGGGGGCAUCUCCCCGCUGCUGCAGCCAGAAAGCCGCUCCAUCCCGCAUCAGAGAGGUCACAUGGGCCCUGGGGUCACCUGCCCGUGCAGGGGCCACCCGCCUCGCUUCCAGGUGAGGACCUGGAUCGAGCCCGUGGUGGCCUCGACCCAGGUGGCCUCCUCGCUGUACGACGCGGGGCUACUCCUCGUGGUGAAGGCGUCUUUCGGAGCGGGCGGCCUCUCCAACCACAGCGCCAGCCCGUCGCCCCGCGGGGCUCUAGAGGACCAACAGCAGAGAGCCAUCUCCAAUUUCUACAUCAUCUACAACCUGGUGGUGGGCCUGACGCCCCUGCUGUCCGCCUACGGGCUGGGCUGGCUCAGCGACCGCCACCACCGCAAGAUCUCCAUCUGCGUGGCGCUGCUGGGCUUCCUGCUGUCGCGCCUCGCGCUGCUGCUCAAGGUGCUGCUGGACUGGCCGGUGGAGGUGCUGUACGGGGCGGCGGCGCUGAACGGGCUGUGCGGCGGCUUCUCCGCCUUCUGGUCCGGGGUCAUGGCGCUGGGAUCCCUCGGCUCCUCCGAGGGCCGCCGCUCGGUGCGCCUCAUCCUUAUUGACCUGAUCCUGGGCUUGGCGGGGUUCUGCGGGAGCAUGGCCUCCGGGCAUCUCUUCAAGCAGAUAGCUGGGCACUCUGGGCAGGGCCUGGUGCUGACGGCCUGCAGCGUGAGCUGUGCCACUUUUGCCCUUUUCUACAGCCUCUUUGUGCUGAAGGUCCCAGAGUUGGCGGCCAAGCCCGGCAAGGAGCUCCCCACCGUGGAUAGCGUGUCCGGCACGGUGGGCACAUAUCGCAAUCUGGAUCCUGAUCAGUUAGACAAGCAGAGUGUAGUGGGGCAACCUCCAUCCCCGGGGAAAGCAAAGCCCCCCAAAUCCAUCAUUGCCCUGCUCUUUGUAGGGGCCAUCAUAUAUGACCUGGCAGUGGUGGGCACAGUGGAUGUGAUGCCCCUUUUUGUGCUGCGGGAGCCUCUCAGUUGGAACCAAGUGCAGGUGGGCUACGGGAUGGCUGCAGGGUACACCAUCUUCAUCACCAGCUUCCUGGGCGUCCUGGUCUUCUCCCGCUGCUUCCGGGACACCACCAUGAUCAUGAUUGGCAUGGUCUCCUUUGGAUCAGGAGCCCUCCUCUUGGCAUUUGUGAAAGAGACAUACAUGUUCUACAUUGCUCGAGCCGUCAUGCUGUUUGCCCUCAUACCCAUCACAACCAUCCGAUCAGCCAUGUCCAAACUCAUAAAAGGUUCCUCUUAUGGAAAGGUGUUCGUCAUACUGCAGCUGUCCCUGACUCUGACUGGGGUGGUGACAUCCACGUUGUAUAACAAGAUAUAUCAGCUCACCAUGGACCAGUUCGUGGGCACCUGCUUUGCCCUCUCCUCCUUUCUCUCCUUCCUGGCCAUCGUCCCAAUUGGCAUCGUGGCCUAUAAACAAGUCCCAUGGUUGCAAUAUGGAGACAUCACAGAGAGAUGAAGGCGCUGACCUAUGGGAGUUGAAAACACCAGCAAUGGCCGGACCCCCUUGAAGACAAAAGAAGGGACUGGGGAACUGGUGACCAAAGCAACCCACUGCCCAAGAAACCCAAGUUCCAGCCAGAGUUGGCCUCAGAAUGACCUGCUCUGGCUCAGGGGUCCCUGGUGGGUGGGGAAAAGCACUUUCCUGGUGAUGGAAGAACUUUCUCAGCUUUCAAACUCCCUGUUAGGCGGAGGUUAGGUUCUGCGGGCAGCAGGGCGUGAGCUCUCAAGGGUUACAGGCACGUGGUGGCUCAGCCGUCCGUGCGCUCUGAGGGACUUCCCACUCCUGCUGCCACCAGCCAGCCCCCUGUCUUCCCGGGAUUGUCGUGAGGGCUCCAAGAUACGGCUGAUGAGUCACCUGGGUGCUGUGCCUGAAGUCCCAUGGGAGAACUCCACCAAGGGCUUGCACUGUCAACAGCCUCAGGGGAAUGUGUGGAAGGGAUGUUGUGUAAGAACUGCCAACAGUUUUGCAUGAACAGUAUCUUUAAAAUUAAAACAAAACCUUGAAAGAAAGUUAGCUUUCUUCCCUGAGGCCUUGUUAGCUGUGGACACUCAGGAGAGCAGGGGAGCUCAGGCCCUUGGCUUCAGGGUAGUGUUGUCCUUGCUGCUUUUAAGAAGCAAAUACCAAAGACUUUCUUCAGUGGAAUAUUCAAUUGAAUACUUUCAGUCAAUGCUUCCCGAAGGGGGUGGUGUGAGGGGAGAGGAAAUACGCUAAAGCCCCUUUAUAUUGAGGUACUUAUUUUUAUAGCCUAUUUUACUGACAUAUAUAAAAGCAGAUUCAACUCCUAAUAAAAUCAACAUUCAUAGUA